UUGCCUCAUAGUUCUCCUGACACGUGACGCAGCAGGUUGUCGGUUCCAUUCCCCGCUGAGGGGCGUUCGCAGAGUGUACCGGCGCCGCGCGGAGCGGGCAGCGGGGCGGGGUCUCAGUGGGACCUGUUGUGCGGCUUCUCGGUGCGGAUCCUGCAGGUCUGCGCCUCUGCUAGACUCUGCGGGUUUCUGGAAGUCUCACCGGUACCGGUUGGACCCUCGCAGACCGCAGAGCUCAGGGGUGUUUGUGCUCCUCCAGGAAACGCCCUCCUGAUGAAGAACGCUCCUCCUCUUCCUCGCCACUUCUCAGUUUCCACAUCAGAGGUUGCCUCAACAGGUAAAGAGGAGCUGCCAUGUUGGCCUCCUCCACUCCCCCAUUACUCCUCCUCCUCCUUCUCCUCCCCCCUCCCUCCUCCUCUGCGGAUGUCAUUGUGACCUCUGACACCUUGAUGCGGUGGGUUGAGGAGCAUGGCGACCCUCUCUCCCACCUGGUGCUGGACCCGGAGGCGGGGCAUCUCUAUGUGGGCGGGGUGGACCACCUUUACCAGCUGACCUCUGACCUGGAGGUGGUGUCACAUGUGAGGACCGGCCCUUACCUGGAUUCCCCAGACUGCCUCCCCCCGAUCGUCCCACGGGACUGCCCCUCGGCCACGCCCACUCACAACCACAACAAACUGCUGCUGGUGGAGGCGGGGCCUGGGGCGGGGCCUGGGAGCCUGAUCGUCUGUGGUUCACUCUUUCAAGGGAUCUGUGAUAAAAGGAGUCUGUCCAACGUCUCUCAGCUCAUCUAUCAGACCUCCAACCCGGUCGACACACAGUAUGUCGCCGCCAACGACCCCCGGGUCUCCACUGUGGCCGUGGUGAUAACUACAGAAAACAAACAGGAAGUGGGCGGGGCCGGCGGCGUCCUACGCUUGAUGCUGGUUGGUCGAGGCUACACCAGCAAAGGCCCUGGCGACAUCCCGCCAAUCACGACGCGCCGCCUGUUCCCGGUGCCGCCGCCCCGCCGGGCGUUCUCUCAGGAGGAGGAGCUCGGCAAGCUGGUGGUGGGGAGUUACUCCGAGUACAACAACCACUUUGUGAAGGCCGUCGCCCACGGCAACCACGUCUACUUCCUGUUCUCCCGGCGGGACAUGUGGCACAAGAAGGAGUACCGGACCUACGCCUCCCGGCUCUGCGCCGCCGACCGCAGCUUCUACUCCUACGUGGAGGUGCCGCUGCUGUGCCGCGGCGGCUACAACCUGGCUCAGGGGGCGUGGCUAGGGAGCCACGGGGGGAAACCCGCCCUCUUCGUGGUCAUGGCAGCAGGACAAGCGUCCACGCCCGUGGCAACCGGUCGCUCGGCGCUGUGUGUUUAUGGGAUGGCAGAGCUGGACGCCAUGCUGCAGCGAGCGCAGGAAGUGUGUUACACGGAGGGAGGACGAGGCAGCAGCGGACAGGAAGACGCUUACAUCGAGUACGCCGUGUCGUCAAAGUGUCUGAAACUACCCAAGGACUCCCUCUCCGAGUACCCCUGUGGGGGGGAACACACCCCAAACCCCAUCGCCAGCGCCGUGCCUCUCCCGGCCACACCCACUUUCACCUCCAGCACCCAGCUGACUGCCGUCACCACGGCAACAGAGGCUGGACACACCAUCGCCUUCCUGGGAGACGGAGAGGGGCGUCUACACAAGGUGCUGGUGCGCUCUGAUUGGUCCGGUGAUCUGUACGGCAGCGUGUUGGUGGACAAGGGGAGUGUCGUCAGAGCUGACCUCCUAUUGGACGACAGCCAGCAGCACGUUUUUGUUUUAACCAACAGAAGGCUGUCGAAGGUUCCUGUGUCCACAUGUGAGAGACAGACAGACUGUCAGUCCUGUCUCUCUUUCAGAGACCCGUACUGUGGCUGGUGUGUCCUGGAGGGAAGAUGUUCCCGUAAACAUCAGUGUCAGCGUCACACGCAGCCCAACCAUUGGCUGUGGAGCUUUGAACCGACCAAUCAGUGUGUGACAGUUCAGAGCCUGAGGCCGGCCAAUCAGAGCAAGGACGAGCAGACGCAGGUAACGCUGUCAGUCGUCCAGCUUCCUGUUCUGGAGGCGGAGUCUCUGUCCUGUGUCUUUGGGCUCCUCCCACCUGAGCCCGCUGUCGUCACAGGAUCCAGCAUCACCUGUCAAUCACCUGCUCCGGAGCUCCUCCCACUCAUGCUGACAGGAAGUGAUCACAUGGUCCUUCCUGUGUCCCUGAUGUUUGGUCAUGUGACCGUCACCACGGGCGACAUGACCUUCUACGACUGUGGAGCCGUGAGCCGACUUAACCAGAGCUCCCAGUGUCUGGCGUGUGUCAGCAGUGUGUGGAGGUGUAACUGGUGUCCUCUGGAUCAACUCUGCACUCACAACCACAGCUGUGUCAACCAACACAUCAUCCUCAACCAGAGAGAGUCUUCUAGUCCCACUUCCUGUCCGUUGGUCUUCGCCCUGCAGAGUUCUGCCUUAGUGCCUUUGGGCCUGACCUCCACCGUGGUGCUGCGGGGACAGAACCUGGACAUCUACACCGAUGAAGCUCAGUAUGUGUGUGUUGUACAAAUCGAAGGAGUCCAGAUCAACCUGACGGCUGCUGUAGAGAAAACCCACGACAACACAAACACCUUCACCUGCAGCCCCCACCAGUUCCAGUAUGCUGUCAGUCAGCUUCAGUACUCCGCUGCUGUCUAUCUGCGCCGAGGAGAGAGACGCAUCGACAUCUCACCUGGCCUCCGACUCCAGCUGUACGACUGCUCAGCCGGCCAAUCAGAUUGCUCACAGUGCCGGGCGGUACCUGAGGAGUACGGCUGUGUGUGGUGUUCAGGAAGUCCCACCCCUAGUUGUGUUUACAACCAAUCCUGUACAAGUGUACCUGCAGACACCUGCCCGCCUCCUCAGAUCACACAUGUGCUUCCUGUCUCCGGCCCGCUGGAGGGCGGAGUCCUGGUGACCGUUACAGGGUCCAACCUGGGGAUGAGGUACCAGGAUGUAGUGGGCGGAGUCACAGUUGCAGGUGUUCAGUGUCCACCUCAACCUGAAGGGUACCAGAUCUCCACCAGGGUUGUAUGUGAGCUGCAGUCCAGUGGGAAGCAGAGAGAGGGGCCUGUCCUGGUUACCGUGGGAACAACUCCACCUGGAAAGUCAAAACAGAUCUUCACCUUUCAGGACCCGCAGCUCCGAGAUCUUGUUCCUGAUAAAGGUCCGGUCUCUGGAGGAACCAGACUGACCAUCAGAGGCAAGCAGCUGCUGACCGGACAAAAGUCAGACCUCAGUGCCUUCCUGGGCCCCCAACCCUGCUACAUUGUGGAGGAGGUGACUGACUCCCAGUUGGUGUGUCAGACUGGUCCCAGUAACCAGACUGCAGAGGUCUCACUUCGGGUUCUUUUCGGUAAAGCGGAGAGAACCGUUCCCAAUGUUACAUUCCGUUACCUUGACGACCCGGUCAUCACGGACGUCACACCUGCUGAAAGCUUCUACGAAGGUGGGCGUGUGGUCUUGGUGACGGGCAGGAACCUGGGCGUGGUGCAGCAGCCAAUCAUAUCGGUGUGGGUGGAGCCUCUGGAGGUCCAGAGGGUGAAACGGAGGAGACGAUUGGCUCUGCUCGCCGCCAAGCAGCUGGUCUUCAACAGCAGCAUGACGACGGUGUCAGAGCGCUGCUCCGUCCUGUCGUCCUCUCAGAUGACCUGUCCGAGUCCCAAAGUGAGCCCAGAGGUCAAAGUGAAGGGCGUCUGGUUUCAGCUGGACAACGUCAGAGUCCACUAUGAAACCAUCAAGGGUAAACGCUUCACGUACCAUCCAAACCCAGAGUUCUUCCCUCUGAACAGAGAAGCUCCAGACGUUCCGUAUCGCUUCAAGCCAGGAGGAGUGAUCGCUGUGGAGGGCCAGGACCUGACCAGAGCCAUAUCCAGACAGGAAGUGAGGGCUCGACUCGGAGACCAGGAGUGUGUCGUCAAAACUCUGGACAGCACUCACCUGUACUGUGAACCUCCAGAGAUCCAGCCAAUGAGUGUAGACGACAGCAACGAGCUGCCCAGCCUCCAGGUGUUCAUGGGGAACCUGCGGGUGGACCUGGGCUUGGUCCAGUACGAUAGUGACUCUCUGUCUAUCGUCCCAUUGGCUGCUCAGGUUGGUUUGGGGGCGGGAGCAGCUGUCAUCAUUCUGUCAGUGCUGGUCGUCAUUCUCAUGUACAGGAGGAAGAGUAAACAGGCUCUCAGAGACUACAAGAAGGUUUUGCUGCAGUUGGAAACUCUGGAGAUCAACGUUGGAGAUCAAUGUCGCAAAGAGUUCACUGACCUGAUGACGGAGAUGAUGGACCUGAGCACCGACGUAGGGGGACCAGGACUCCCUCUGCUGGACUACAAGACCUACGCAGAGAGAGUCUUCUUCCCCGGCCAGCAGGUGGCGCCGCUGAGCCGGCAGCUGGACCUGCCAGAGUCCCGCCGGCAGACUGUGGAGCAGGGCCUCCAGCAGCUCAACAACCUGCUGAACAACCGGCUCUUCCUCACCAGGUUCAUCCACACCCUGGAGGCCCAGCAGGGGUUCUCUCAGAGGGACCGGGGCUACGUAGCCAGCCUCCUCACCAUGGCCCUGCACGACAAACUGGAGUACUUCACCGAGGUCAUGAAGAGUCUGCUGCAGGACCUGGUUCAGCAGUACGUCGCCAAGAACCCCAAACUCAUGCUGCGCCGGACAGAGACGGUUGUAGAGAAGAUGUUGACCAACUGGAUGUCGAUCUGCCUCUACUCCUUCCUCAAGGAGGUGGCGGGGGAGCCCCUCUACAUGCUCUACAGAGCCAUAAAGUACCAGGUGGACAAAGGGCCGGUGGACACGGUGACAGGAAAGGCCAAACGAACGCUGAACGACAGCCACCUGCUGAGAGAGGACAUCGACUACUGCUCCAUGACUCUGAUGGUGUUGGUAAAGAAUGGAGUGGAGGUUCAACCUUGUCCUGUUAAAGUGCUCGACACCGACACUAUCACACAGGUGAAGGAUAAGAUCCUGGACCAGGUCUACAGAGGAGCUCCGUUCACUCAGAGACCAGCAGCAGAUAGUCUCGACCUGGAGUGGCGUUCAGGUCAAGCGGGUCACCUGACCCUGUCAGACGAUGACGUCACAGCGGUGGUUCAAGGUCGCUGGAAACGAAUCAACACUCUGCAGCACUACAAGGUUCCAGACGGAGCAACAGUCGCUCUGAUUCCUCGUUCUCAGAGUUCCGGUGGAGUCAACCAGGUCUUCCAGACUGGAGAGAAGACGCCGAUGCUGGAGGGCGAGGAGGACGAGGGUCUCCGGCUGUGGCACCUGGUGAAGAGCAGCGAGGACCCCGAGAUCCCGAAGCACCGAAAGAGCAGCAUGAGGGAGCGCGAGAGAGCCAAGGCCAUCCCCGAGAUCUACCUGACCCGCCUGCUGUCCAUGAAGGGGACGCUGCAGAAGUUCGUGGACGACGUCUUCGUGGCCAUCCUCAGUACGAAGCGGCCGCCUCCCAUCGCGGUCAGGUUCUUCUUCGACUUCCUGGACGACAUGGCGGAGAAACACGGGAUCGACGACCCCGAGACCGUCCACAUCUGGAAGACCAACAGUCUCCCUCUCAGGUUCUGGGUGAACAUCCUGAAGAAUCCUCAGUUUGUUUUGGAUGUUCAGAUCACCGACAGCAUCGACGCCGUCCUGUCCGUCAUCGCUCAGACCUUCAUCGACUCCUGCACCACCUCCGAGCACAAAGUGGGACGGGAUUCUCCUGUCAACAAGCUGCUGUACGCCAGAGAGAUCCCCCGAUACAAACAGCUGGUGGAGAGGUAUUACAGUGAUAUCCACAGCUCUGCGUCAGGCUGUUAUCAGGAGAUGAACUCCACUCUGACUGAACUGUCCGGGAGUUUUGCCUCAGAGAUGAACAGUCUUGUUGCUCUUCAUGAACUCUACAAGUACAUUAACAAAUAUUAUGACCAGAUCAUCAUGUCUCUGGAGGAGGACAGCGCAGGUCAGAAGAUGCAGUUGGCCUAUCGGCUGCAGCAGGUCGCCGCCCUGGUGGAGAACAAGGUCACUGACCUCUGAUGACCUCUGACCCCUGACCAUGAAGACACUGGGACGAGCUUCCUGUUGGACAUCUGCAGAACUCUGGAAAUCAUUGGACACUUGUUAACAUUGUCUUCCUGCUGUGUGUGUGUGUGUGUGUGUUUACAGUCAGACUCAGGAGAACCCGGUUCUUUAGACUCAAACUAAACCUGAACCGUGAGACCGACCUGACAAUCGAACCAAUCAGAGGACUUCAUCAUCACCUGCUGCCUUGCACUACAUUUCCCAGAGUUCCCUGUGGUUCUGCUGUCUGUGUGGAGGCAGAAUAGUUUCUCUACUGAUCACGUGUAUUGAUUAUUUGCCAGCUGAUCUCAGACAUGCUGUAUAUUUUUAUCAACAGUGUUUUGAGCUUUUCCUACUGAAACCAGCACAACUCUGCAUCCGGAGCUUCGAAGCUUUAAAGAUUUCGCUGAACACAAUAAACAGAAACAAGUGUUUUGUAACCACAAGUUCAGUGAGACCCAAACCUGGAGCUCUUCAGGUGACCCCUGAACCCCUCAGGACCCUCACUGGUCCCAGUCAGUCUUCCUCAGGUCCAGGUCCAGAUCGACUCGCAAGGAUUCAGGUCUGCUUUACUGCCAGUCCAUGUUGGAUGGACCUGACGACCUCUGACAGGUGCUGGAUUUAUCUAAUCAGCCAAUCAGCACACAGCAAACAAGUGUUCCUGUAUAAAGUACAGAACUACAGAACUAUAGAACUACAGAACUACAGAACUACAGAACUAUAGAACUACAGAACUACAGAACUAUAGAACUACAGAACUACAGAACUACAGAACUAUAGAACUACAGAACUACAGAACUAUAGAACUACAGAACUAUAGAACUAUAGAACUACAGAACUACAGAACUACAGAACUAUAGAACUAUAGAACUACAGAACUAUAGAACUACAGAACUACAGAACUACAGAACUAUAGAACUAUAGAACUACAGAACUACAGAACUAUAGAACUAUAGAACUACAGAACUACAGAACUAUAGAACUAUAGAACUACAGAACUAUAGAACUACAGAACUACAGAACUAUAGAACUACAGAACUACAGAACUAUAGAACUACAGAACUAUAGAACUACAGAACUAUAGAACUACAGAACUACAGAACUACAGAACUAUAGAACUAUAGAACUACAGAACUACAUAGACCAGUUACAGUUAGUCCAGCUUCUGACUUCCCAAUGAGGAUGACGAGAGGAGAAAAAGAAAUCCUCCUUUUUUAAAUAUGAAAUCAGAUAACUGUUGACUAACAGGAACAAGAAUCAUUCUGCGUGUGUGUGUGUGUGUGUGUUUGUGUGUGUGUGUGUGUGUUUGUGUGUGUGUGUGUGCUAGUUACUAACUUAUUACAUGUACAUACUGUAAGUCCUAUUUAUACCUAUUUAUUCCAGCUGUGCCUUCCUGCCUACAGCUAGAUGGCGCUGUCUGUCUGUUCUUACGGCAGCCGUAUUGACCAUGUGUCCCAGUGCAUCAUGGGAAGAUAAAUUCAUUCAAAUGUUUAUUGAACCAGGGAGGGAAAACAACAACUGAAUCAUCUGAGUAUUUCCAGCUAGCAUAGCAUUAUGCUAGGUUGACCAACACAAUCACAGCUCUUUUACUCACUAGACUGAGUUGAGAUCCCCCCCCCCCCUCCCCUUCGACUCUUGAGCUUGACAUGUUAGGAUGUAAAAGAAAGCAAUACCAAUUUUUUAAAGACAAAGGUUGUUUUUAUUGAGCACAUGCAACGUCUGGUUUGAUCUUCAGAUAUUAUGAGUGUUACAGUUUUACUGUUUGAAUCCACCUUCCUGCAUCUGGAUGUGACGCAUUAAAUAUAACUGACAGUAUGAAGGAACUGUUCGAGGACUUGAAGGUUCGGGUUCAGCCUCGAGACGUCAGCUGUCUCUCCUCUGCAACAGUUUGUUGUUUGAGCUGUUUGUGGGUUGUCUGAGAGGAAUGGCCACUAAGCAGCAGUGUGGAGGAACCACCUGGGUUCAAACAGUCGGGACAGGAUACUUCCUGGACUCUGGACAGGAUACCUUUUGGACUCUCCUGGACUCUGGACAGGAUACCUUCUGGACUCUCCUGGACUCUGGACAGGAUACCGUCUGGACUCUCCUGGACUCUGGACAGGAUACCAUCUGGACUCUCCUGGACUCUGGACAGGAUACCUUCUGGACUCUGGACAGGAUACCUUCUGGACUCUGGACAGGAUACCGUCUGGACUCUCCUGGACUCUGGACAGGAUACCUUCUGGACUCUCCUGGACUCUGGACAGGAUACCGUCUGGACUCUCCUGGACUCUGGACAGGAUACCAUCUGGACUCUCCUGGACUCUGGACAGGAUACCUUCUGGACUCUCCUGGACUCUGGACAGGAUACCGUCUGGACUCUUUGCAGGAUACUUCCUGUACUCCCCUGGACUCUGAACAGGAUACUUCCUGGACUCCCCUGGACUCUUGAGAGGAUACUUCUUGGACUCCCCUGGACUCUUGAGAGGAUACUUCCUGGACUCCCCUGGACUCUUGAGAGGAUACUUCCUGGACUCCCCUGGACUCUUGAGAGGCUACUUCCUGGACUCCCCUGGACUCUUGAGAGGAUACUUCUUGGACUCCCCUGGAAAUCUUGAGAGGAUACUUCUUGGACUCCCCUGGACUCUGAACAGGAUACUUCCUGGACUCCCCUGGACUCUGAACAGGACACUUCCUGGACUCCCCUGGACUCUUGAGAGGAUACUUCUUGGACUCCCCUGGACUCUGAACAGGAUACUUCCUGGACUCCCCUGGACUCUGAACAGGAUACUUCCUGGACUCCCCUGGACUCUUGAGAGGAUACUUCUUGGACUCCCCUGGACUCUGAACAGGAUACUUCCUGGACUCCCCUGGACUCUUGAGAGGAUACUUCUUGGACUCCCCUGGACUCUGAACAGGAUACUUCCUGGACUCCCCUGGACUCUUGAGAGGAUACUUCCUGGACUCCCCUGGACUCUGAACAGGAUACUUCCUGGACUCCCCUGGACUCUGAACAGGAUACUUCCUGGACUCCCCUGGACUCUGAACAGGAUACUUCUUGGACUCCCCUGGACUCUUGAGAGGAUACUUCCUGGAUUGGUAUGUGUUUCAGUGUAAAUGGACUCUUACUGAUAUUUAUCCCAUCAGCACAUAACUAACUAACUUCCUGUCGGCGGUUUUGUCUGCUGAUGCAAUAGAAAUAUGACAGAUUUGGGUAUAAAUUGAGACGCUUGUUGAAUGAUCUUUCUUCCGUACUUUUCUUCUUCUAAUAUUUCUAAAGAUUAUCUCUGUUUGAUCUGAAUCUUUAAUCUCUCCUCUGUGUUUUUGCCUUGCUUGUUUUUGCAGCCUGUGUUUGACCCGUAGUUAUAGUUCACUGAUCAGAUUAGAAUUUUGCAUGUGUGUGAUGAUGAUGAUGAUGAUGAUGAUGAUGAUUUUGUUUUUAAAUGAAAAUCGUGUCACUGAUGAUGGUGGCCAUAGUCAUAGUUUGACCUUCUAAUCUCUGUACAGUUUUUUAAUCUUCUGGGACGUGAUGAAACAGAUCCUCAGCUCUGAUUGGUCGAGCUCUAUUUGUUACGGAAAUGUUUUUUCUACAAGGGAAUUAAAAACUUUAAAGGGUUUGUAUGAAAUGACUCCUGGAUCAGAUGUGAUGAAGCACAGACUGCUUUUCUACCGACUGUACAGUUUGCCAACAGUGUGUAAAUGUGCCUGUAAAUACCUCCUCGAGGAUGAUGAUGAUGAUGAUGACGAAGACGAGUCAGUCUGCAAUGGAAAUGGGUUUUUAUUGUGAAGAGGCAGGAGGCCAAACAAUUUGUAUCAUGUAAAAAUAAAGUUACAAUUUGAACAGUU